CUGCGCAGUUUGCAGUUGCUCCGUAGUCGUGGUGGAGUGUGUGUCGCUAGCUGUGAUGGUUCGGGAACUGGAUCGGUCCCCUCUCCGCGUCAAUAUAAGUCUUAUUAUAAGAACGCGUUAAAGACACGUUUGCCAUUCAAAAACCUAAAAUUUUGGUUCAGGUGUUGAAUGAAAACUCUGUAAUUGGCAUAUUUAUGGUCGUAUUAUGCUCUUAUCAUGUAGCAAGAAAAGCGUCUCGGUAAUAAAUAUUCGCAAAAAAUAUUUAUCCUCUUUUCAUAGUUUGCGAAAUAGUUCACUGGUCAAGAUGGUGGUUACUAACACGGGAUCGGUAAUCAGCCCGUCGGAGCUGUUCCAUCUGUCAGAUGAGGCUUUGAUAAGAGGAAGCAUGUUCAGUCCUAUGAUGAGCACCAGCAACAACAGCGAUGUUUUGACGGAUGCCAAGAACGGAUGGCCGCACGACUGCAAGGCCUCGCCUUUGCUAAAGCUCAUGUGGCGGGCCAACUCGUUCCUCAUGCAAGGGCUGCAGUCGCGUCACGGCGGGAGCUGCCUGCCGCUGCUGGUGGGGCGCCUGCAGGUUGGUGUGCUGCGGCACGAUGUGGUCGAGCUGCUGCAGCGCUACCCUGACGUCUUCAUCUGCUCCCCCUACGCCGUCGCCCUCAGCCCUAAGCGCUGCUGGGCAUCCGUGCGUUCGGCGUGCACCUCACGGGGUUCGUGCGCAACGCUGCCGGUGACGUGGCGGGGGUGUGGCUCCAGAAGCGUGCAGACAACAAGCCUACGUACCCCGGCAUGAUGGACAACAUGGUGGCCGGCGGCAUGAGCGACUCGCUGACCGCCACUCAGGUGCUAUUCAAAGAGGCUGAGGAAGAGGCCUCCAUCCCCGCCCAUUUGAUCGAGCGCGCCAAGUCGGCAGGCUCCGUCUCGUUCUUGACGGAGUCUGACCGAGGUAUCCACGCCAACACAGAGUACGUUUUCGAUCUCGAGCUGCCCGCCGACUUCAAGCCCAGUAUCAACGAUGGAGAAGUUCAGGGCUUCGCUCUUAUCACCACCGAGGACAUAAUGCCGUAUUUGCUGAGCCCUAAUUUCAAGCUCACCUCAGCUCCCGUGCUCCUCGACUUCCUGAUUCGUCACGGCAUCGUCAACAGUAACACUGUCGUCGAUCUACCGCAAAUUACCGAGAUGCUCCAUACGCCAAUAAGUUUUUACUACCGUUCUUGGCCGACCUUUCCCUCUUCGUCUUUCGUGGGGCCUCGAGAAGGGUUUCCCACUCCUGUAGAUGCUAAAUAUUCCUCAGAACAAGCACCUUCGUCGUCGUCAGCAACUUAUUCUUUCUCAUCCACAAGUGUUGUCCCCAACACCUCCCCACAUUUGGAGGGAGGCAGCGGGCCGUCUUCCGUUCUCAAAAACAAUUGCUCGUUCUCCAUCGCUGACGAUGACUGUGCCUCCAUGAAGAGCGAGGAUCGCGACAGCGACGCUGAUCUCUAUCAAAUUUGUCUGGAUCAAGGCACAUAGACUUCCUGUGCCUAGAAAAGAGCCUAGAGAUUUGAUCUUUAUAUCUUUAAACCCCUCAGUAACUGUGCUAUCUUGAUGUAAUAGCGACGUAUAUCCCAAUCGGAGAUGACUUUAUUGACAUUCUAGUUUCCUUUGAGUCGUUUUAUCAUAGCUGAUUCAACACCGAUAUUAGUAGACAAAAUAUUCUCAUUUAGCUUUUGAAACAUUUUGCAUUACUUGUGACGCUCUUAAGAAUCCAGUAAACUUCUCUGUAACGCCAAUCACUUUCAGCGUUAUCUUAAGCCGCGGUGCUUGUUACAUCCUCGAAUUUCUCUCUUCCUAAUGAAGUCUUCUUUGAUCCUUAGUUAUAAUUAAAAUAUAUUUUAGUACUGCAGAAAAUUCAUGUUUGAAACCAAAGAGUGUUAUGUUUUAAGAGAAAGAUAUGAUUGUUUUAUAAUCAACGGCCGACUAGCCGUCGCAUCUAAGUUCCUCGUCAUUCCUUGAUUCUUGAGGCCGGCGCUCGAGCGUCGGAUCAAGUACGUCUAUAUAUGCCAAGGUUACUCUGAUGCAAAGUAACUUAGUAGAAAAAGAUCUCUAGAUGUCUAGUGGAAAAGGAUCUCUAGAUUUUAAGAGGAUUCCUAUUCAUCCUUCAUGUGUAAGUCCGUUGUUAAAUGUUCUAGAAAAACAUUUGGUGAAUAACCACGCUGUUGUUUGGUGUACGAGCAUCGUAAUAAAUUAAAUAUCUGCGAAAUAGCCGUUAGGAAUGGGAAUUGUGAUGCAUUAGAGAGUAAACUUAUUAAUUAAUUUAAAUUAAAUAAAGGUGUGAAUGCAGAAGCACAUUAAGAACUUUACUACCUGUAUUGCUCUCUCGUUGAUAAACAAUAAAGUAUCUAUAUCAGUAUUGCGUAGAUUCGUUUUAUUCAUGUCAGUGUCGAUUUACUUCUAUUCUCAGAAGCUGCAUGCUAACUAGUGAACUACCGAGUAUUCUUCAGUAGGACCCUUUGCAAUAUUAGUGUACUGAAUGAUGGAUAAUGUGAUGAACAUAUAGAAGGCUGUUUAAAUCUUAUAUCAAUAGUGAUAGACAGCGUGCUUCUAUUUGCUGUUGCUUUAGCGCGGACGCUGAAUUUAUCAUCUCUGCGGCAAAUUCAUUUAUUCUGGAAUUUAAUAGAAUAUUUUACAUCUAAUUGUUCUUUUGAAGUUUCCCAGUGAGUGAUAUUGUUAAAAUGAAUCCCAUAUGGCGUAAAAAUUCCAGGACUCGCUCAAUUAACUACCAUCUGCGUGACCGUUGCUUAUGCUUUCCGCGUAGUCCUGACGGUACAUUCUCUUUUGGCAUUUUUCCACCAAGUUUGCAACUGUGAGAAGACUUUCCACCGGUGGCCGUCAGCAACUUAAUCAACUUCUACGACCUUCAGUAACCUUCUCGAGAGGAUUAAAGUUGCCAAUAUUAUGUUAAAUCUAUUUCUUGGUCUUCAGACAUCCAUUUUGUCGUUUAGAAGUUAUGUCCUGUUAAGAAAGAAGCGCUUAAUUUUCCAAUAAACUUAUUCGUUCAAAC